AUGGUACUAUCAAAUGAUGGGACAUUUGAACUGACUUUAGUUGAUCCUUUUAGACAAUGUAAAGGAAAACCUUUAGAGUAUAAACACAUAAUGACACCUGAAGGGAUCUGUGUAAUAGGGGAAGUGGAUCAACACUUCAUUUUGAAUGUAGAAUGCAAAGACAAGGGAGUUUAUGGGAUUAGAGUGAUAGUAGAUGGAUAUACAUUACCAGGAAAGAAGACUUUUAAAAGUAAGUGUAAAGUUUAAGGGUUUACGAAUUCUGAUGGGAAUAUAAAUUGCUUCAAAUUUUAAAGACCAAAGACAGACCCUGAAUCUACAAAUAUAUAUAAGAGGAAUGUAUAUAGACCACCAUGGGAUUUAAAUUAGAAUGAUUAUCGUGAUUAUCCUGGAGGUGCAGGUGAGAUAAUAGUAAAGAUAUAUGAAACCAAAUAAGAGGAGAAUAAAUAAAGUGGUGGUGGUGGUGGACCUAGAGGAGGACCUAGAAAAUCUUAGGAUCCUAUGUUUGUCGAAGUGACAAAGAAUGAAAGCAAAUUAGCUGAAGAUUAAUGUUUAGGUAUUUCUUAAGGGAAUGUGAUUGAAUUACCUCCUAGAUAGAAUUUUGAUGAUUCUAGACCACCUAAACCAUUUAAAGAUGUUAUUGUUUAUGAACAUAUUGUAUAAUCCUUUAGAAUAAUUUAUUUGGAUACUUCAAGUUUGAUAGAGAAAGGAUUCAUUAAAUUGAAUUGUCAUAAUCAUAUUACUUAUUUGACAGAAGAGUUCUUUUAAGGCAAUGAGGCUGCUUUGAUUCAAGUAUUGUAGACUCUCAUUGAAAGUGGUUAGAAAGAUAAAGAAGAGUCAGAUAUUUAAUAGACAGCUAAUGUUUUAGUGGAACGUUUAGAUUAUUUCUUUUCUGGAGAACUUUUGAAUGUAUUUUUAAGCAAAGAGAAUCAAGAAUAAUUAUAAAUGGAUCCAGGAUAGAGAGCUUAAUAUUUAGAAGGUGAAUUGAUUAAAUUUAUGGAAGCUUGGCCAGAAUUCUUUAUGAAUUUAGGAAUGGGAAGUUUUGGAAUCAAAAAUAAAUAUGAUUUGAAACUCUAUGUAAGUAAAAUUUAAGACAAGGUUAUCAAUAAUCAAAUUAAAAAUAAUGGAAAUGAAAUAUCAAUAUAAUAAUAAUGA